AUGGCGGACCCUACGCGUCGUAGGCAGAAGCCCUUCUACCCGAAAGCAGACGCCGCGGUGCUGCUAAGCUCGAAAAGCCACUGGCCACCACCGGCUCGUUCUCAAACCGUCUGGCCCAUUUUCGAUCCUGAUACCAUCGACGAACCACUCACGCCAUGGUCGCAAGGCACUCAAGAGGCUUUUUUCCCUUGCAAAAUCGACGAAUAUGCUGCAUCUCCCAUCCCGGGGAAGCCUUUGCACAGCCUCCCUCACCGAUAUUUGCGUGCCUCCUUGGCCCAAAAUGAACGCCUUCGGCUGUCUAUGCUCUGGUAUUAUACCCGCAAUAUCUUUGACGAAAGCGAAUUCUUGUGCGGACUGAAAGAGAAAGUGUUCCUUGCCCAAGAAUCCACUGGCUGGGAAUUUGCUGUCAUCGGGCUUCUGGACAUCAACAUUUACAUCCGCCUGGCGACGAUAGGACUUCCUCUCGGCGAUCUCCCGCGUGGGGAGACGAUAUGCGCUCACACAGUCAUUCAACCCCCUGGUAGUGUUUUCUUGUUACCAAAUAUGUUGGAGGAUUGGAGGUUUUGCGAGUGCCCAUAUGUUGAGGCUGGCGGUUUGGUGGCCUACGCUGGCGCUCCGCUUCGUUUACAGAAUGAGUUCGAUGAAACAGUCAGCCUCGGAUCAUUCUGCGUCGCCUCGAGUACGGCUCAACCCUCCUUGACCAAGGCCCAGCAAAGCACUUUAGCUCGUUUGGCCGACUCGGUCGUAUCAGAUAUCGUUCAGUGUACGCGGAUAAGACGUCAACGGGACCGGCAUCGAAUGAGUGGCUUGGUCGCCACAUUUCAAUCAAAAGGGAUCGAUGCCUUGUCUCAAGAUUAUAUUAUCAAGGUCCUGAAAGAUGCAUAUCCAGAUGCCCUCAUCAGCCUCCACCCGUCGAAGGCUCUGCAGAUACACCUCGAAGGACGAGAAGCAAUCUCGAUAUCCGAUAUUGAGGAUGGUUUGUGGGAAGACUUUGAAUUCCUCGACGACUUUAUCACCCAUCGCAACCACCAGGAUCUCCCGUGCGACAGAGUCGUACGUCUCAUCUCUGCUGAGGUCCAAGAAACCUUGGGGCCGUCCUUGUUGGUCGUGGCAUCCAAAGACGUACGAUUAGUGUUUGACGACGUCGAUUCCUGGUUCGUCCAGACUUGUGCAGAUACCCUGACCCAGAUAUGGAAGAAUCGUUUGUUGACAGAGGCGAUGCUGGCAAAAGAAACCUUUCUCAGGGGGUUUUCUCAUCAGCUGCGCACCCCCAUUCAUGGCAUCCUGGGCUCUGCCGAACUAUUAGCAGAGGAACUAGGCCGCAGCGACCUACGAGAGAGCUUCCGCCAAGCAUCAGAAGCUCUUGAUCAUUCGACUUUAGGGAAUAACUCUAACUCGACCUCGCUCUGUAUUGACACGAUCAUGACGGCAGGACGCGAUUUGACAUCAAUUAUCAACAACAUGAUCACCCUCAACAAAUGGGCCGACAUUGCUUCGAAAGACCUUUCAUCCGUGGCUCUCGACGUAUAUCGCCUUGAGUCUGAAUUAGCAAAAGAAACGCUUCCGAUGAUCACCUCUGACACGAGGUACACCACUUCCAUCCUCUUCAAUUGCACCCCACUUGCAGCCUCUGGCAGUUUCAAUAUCGAUUUCCUUCUGCUCAGGGAUACUUUACUCCCAAUUCUUGUCAAUGCGAUUCAGAACUCGCCCAAAGGUGCGAUAAUGGUGACAAUAUCCUUACCGCCAGACUCCCAGGAGCUGGUUAUUGAUAUCGAGGACAACGGCUGUGGCGUACAUCUCAGUGACCAACAACGCAUAUUUGAGGCAUAUGAAAAGGUUGGGGUAUACUCUACGGGUGCCGGACUCGGCUUGACUCUCGCAUCCAAAUUUGCCGCACUCCUAAACGGGUCUGUGAGCUUGGUAUCAUCGACGAUUGGAUGCGGCUCAAUAUUUAGAGCUAAGUUCAACGCGACCGAGUCCGUGCCCGCCCCUCGUUUACUACCGGAAGCCGAGACAAAGCUCGGUAACCUACCCUCGCAAUUUUGUUUCGAGCCAACCAUUGCAGGGGCUACAGCAUUAUGCAAAUACUUCACCAAGUUUCUAGCUUGCCGAGGCUUCACGCCAUGGGAUAAAGCUGGGGACUUUUUCACUAUCGUCGAAUUCAUACCGAACGCAGAACGUUCUCGGGAAAGACUGCUGCAGAUUCCCCAGAAGCAGGUCGUCAUCUGUUUGGUCCCAGCCGCCCAUAUUCAACUAUCGUUAGAAAACGAAUCGAGCAAUGUUGUUUAUGCACGCGCGCCCUUUCUGACGUCAACACUCAUAGCUGCGCUUGAAGAGGCUGACAGACUUGCCUCAGCAAUUCAAGUCUCAAAAGAUUAUCCGGGUCAUUGCGAGAUACUUUCUGCUGCUCUUGCGGAAACAUCAGAUAGCCAGAGCGCUGAUGAGACCAACUCUAGUCUUAGUUCAACGUGUUCAACGGAAUCGACAACGCAGUCGUCUUUGGACAGUGGUGUGCAUCCUGAACUGACCCCGAGCCCUCUAUCAGGAUUGGUGUCGGAUAUAGCUCUUAGAGAGAAACCGAAAGAAAGGGUGCCAUUGCUUACUCCACUUCUCACCGUCUCGAAGCCGACAGCGCUGCUGGUUGAUGACAACAAAGUCAAUCUGCGCGUCAUGGAGAUGUAUUGUAAGAAGCGGGGGUUAUCAUUCUUCUGCGCUAUGGACGGUCUCGAGGCUAUCGAAGUGUUUUCGAAGCAACAGUCACUAUUCGGUAGUCACCAAGGAUCCGGCAUUGACUUGAUCUUGAUGGAUCUUCAGAUGCCAAAUUGUGACGGCAUCGACGCUACAAAACAAAUACGACUGCUUGAGGAAAAAAUGGGAUGGCGAAAAACCACCAUAUUCAUCAUAACUGGCCAAGAUAGUCCAAAGGAUCGGGUAAACAGCGAAAAUGCCGGCGCUGAUGACUACUACGUCAAACCACUAAGCAUGAAACUUCUGGACUGUGGCGUCAAAGCAAAGUUUCCUGCUUUCGACGCAUCUUGA